AUGGAGUUAGUGCGGGAAGCGCGGGAACUGGUUUGCUGGGCUACGGAAGAGAUGGAGGCGCCCGAGGCUGCCCGCCCCGAGUCGACGCUGCGCAGGCUGUGUCUGGGCCAGGGGGCUGACAUCUGGGCCUACGUCUUACAGCAUGUGCGCAGCCAGAGGAAUGUCACGAAGAUCCGGGGAAACCUACUCUGGUAUGGCCACAAAUACAGUUCAGAGGCCUGUCGGAAGUCGGAGCUGGAAGCUGCCGUUGCCCACCUGCGGGCAGAGAUCCAGGAGUUAGACCAGAGCUUGGAGCUGAUGGAUCAAGAGACCGAGGCUCAGGACAUGGCCAUGGAGCAGGUAUUGCAGAGCAUGCACGACACCCAGCGGCAUGCUCUCCUCCUUCGGGCCCAAGCUGGGGCCAUGAGAAGGCAGCAGCGUGGACUCCAACAUCCCAUGCAGUGGCUACAGAAUCAGCUCGGGCGCCUGCAGGACAUAGAAAGGAAGGCUAAAAUGGAUAUAACCUUUGGCCCCUUGACAUCGGCAGCCCUAGGCCUGGAGCCUGUGGUCCUGGGUGAUGUCCGAAGAGCCUGCACCCUCCGAACCCAGUUUCUACAGAACCUUCUGAUUCCUCAGGCCAAAGGAGGCAGCAUCCCAACCCCUCAAGAUGACCACUUUGGAACUUCCUACCAGCAAUGGCUUAGCUCAGUGGAGACACUGCUGACAAACCACCCUCCCAGCCACGUCUUGGCUGCCUUGGAACACCUGGCUACAGAACGGGAAGCAGAGAUUCGGUCCCUGUGCAGUCAGGACAGACUCCAAGAUACGAAGAUGGCCAGGUCCCAGGUACCAGAUCAGUCAGACUCCAACCAGGCCCUGCCGUCCGUGAUGCAUCUCAUCCAGGAAGGCUGGCAAACUGUGAGUGUGCUGGUCACCCAGCGGGGCCCCCUCCUGAAGGAGCAUCACAUCCUGACCCAGCGCCUGCGGAGCCUGUUGGAGGAGGUGGAGAGGUGUGCCCUGGGAGCCAAUGAGAGGCAGGCAUUGGUGCUGGGACUCCGGGGUUAUGGCCUGUGGGCAGAGCUCAAGGCCCUGUGUGCCCAUAGCCAGGAGCUGGAGGAGGCAGUUGGACGGCAACAGCUUCUGCUGCAGGAGCUACAGGCCAAACAGCAACGGAUCCUGCACUGGCGCCAGCUGGUGGGGGAGACACAGGAACAGGUCCGAUUACUCAUCAAGAGCAACUCAGCCAGCAAGACGCACCUGUGUCGGAGCCCUGGGGAGGUGCUUGCUCUGAUUCAGCGAAAGGUGGUCCCCACAUCUGAGGCAGUGGCACCACAGAGCCAGGAACUGCUUCGCUGUCUGGAGGAGGCGGCCCAAAAUCUGCCCCACCUUCUGCUGGGCACCCUGCUGCGGCACAGCCCUGGAGGGUUGCAGCCCCUGCCUACAGUCUUGCCGUCCAUCCACCAGCUACAUCCUGCGUCCUCAAGGGGCUCCAGCCUUAUAGUGCUUAGCCACAUUCUGGGGCUACCCACAGGGAAGGCUCCAGAGCUGCUCCUCCCAAAGGCUGCCUCGCUUCGCCAGGACCUUCUGUUCUUCCAGGACCAAUGUAGUCUCCGGUGCUGGGAUCUGCUCCAUAUGAAGAACAGCCUACCGCCAGGACCAUCCACCCAGGAGUUGCUGCAGAUCCAUGCAUCCCAGGAAAAGGAGCAGAAAGAGAAUCUGGGGCAGGCUCUGAAGCAGCUGGAGAACCUGCUGGAACAAGCCCUGGAGCGAAUCCCCAAGCUGCAGGGGAUUGUGGGGGACUGGUGGGAUCAGCCAGGCCAAGUCACCCUCUCGGGGGAGCUCUGCCAAGGCCUGUCCCUGCCCCAGUGGCGGUUACGCUGGGCCCAGGCCCAAGGCAUCCUGCAGCAGCUGUGCAGAUGAAGAGGACACAAACAGGAGUCAAGAGCCUCAUGUUUGUUCACCCCAACAUCUCACCUUCCUCAGUAUUAAAGAAAGCAUCACCUGGGUGUGUCGCCCAUUGUCUCCACCCACACCUGCCCUUCCCCUCAUAGGCUGUUCUGCUGCAUCCCACCAAAGCCAAGAGAAUGGGGUGCUCUAGACCCCACCCCAGGUCCCACUGAAACUCUUCUCUUCACCUUCAGCAAAGCAUAACUGAGCACCUGCUCUAAACACUAAAAGUCCCUGCUUUCAGGAAAUUGACAUUCUAGGAUAAGGAAGCUGACCACUGACAAGAUAAGCCAAAUAUCUAGUAUGUUGGAAGAUAAUGGCCAUGGAGAAAAAUAAAACAGGCUGUAGGAGGUGAAAUUUUAAAGAGGGCUACACAGCAAAGGUCACCCUCAGUAAAUGUGAGAGGCAUGCAAAGGCCCUGAGUCCAAAUGUGCUAGCAUGACAGCCAAAGAGAAAGUGCAGUUUAGGGUGGGGUAGGGGGAUUUAAGAAAUGAAAUUGCCUUCUAGUUUUUAUAUAGUUUCUUUUUUUACAUUGAAGUCUCUGAGCCAUUUGGAAUUUAUGCAAAUGGAUCCAUUUUUGUCUUACUUUAUAUAUAUUCCAAUAGUACUUAUUAAAAUAGGCCCUGGCCCGUGUGGUCAGUGGUUAGAGUGUUGGCCCGUG